UCAGAUAAAUACCACCACAGAGUCGAACUGCUCUUCAUUCUCCAAGAAGACAAGACCACAACUGGUGUCCAGAGCAGCAUGGCUCCAUCACUUCUUGCAACAGCAGGGGGACUUCUUUUACUUUUCUCCUUCUCAUCAGCACAAACCAGAGGAGACAACAUCCAAGCAUGCACCCCAAAUGAUGGCUUUGGAAAGUACUGUCCUACUACAUGUGGAGUGGCUGAUUACCUACUGAGGUAUAUGCCAGAAGUGACCAGGGAUUUGAACAAUUUGCAAAGAGAACUGGAGACAAUUGCAAAUUUGACCAAUGGGGCUGAAGAAACAAUUGUCUACAUGAAAGAUUCUGCUACUUCAGCUCAAAAGAGUUCCCCACAAGACUCGUACUUCAAAAAGUCAUCGAGUAUGCUGGACGAAGUCCUUCGCUUUGAAAAGACCAUCACUACACAGGAACAACAAAUAUUUGAUCUUCAGAAUCUAAUUUCAUCUAACGAGAGGAGAAUGGCAGAUUUGAAACAACUCUCCAUUCAGCUACAGCAGAAAUGCAGUGAGCCUUGCAGAGACACGGUUGCAAUCCAACCCACCACAGGAACAGACUGCCAGGAUAUUGCAAACAAGGGUGCUACUGUCAGCGGCCUUUACUACGUGAGGCCAGCGAAAGCCACUGAGCAGUUCCUGGUCUAUUGUGAGAUAGACAGCUUUGGACGUGGCUUCACAGUAAUACAGAGGAGACGCGAUGGCAGUGUGGACUUCCACAAGGACUGGAUCCAGUACAAGGAGGGCUUUGGUUAUCUCUCCCCAGAUGACACCACAGAGUUCUGGCUCGGCAACGAGAAGAUCCAUCUGCUGACUGCAAGCACCACCAUCCCAACUGUGCUGAGGAUAGAGCUUGUUGACUGGGAGGGCAACACAAGGUAUGCAGACUACACCAUGUUCAGACUGGGAGCGGAGGCCGACAUGUACCGUCUGACCUAUGGUUACUACUUUGGCGGUGACGCCGGAGACGCUUUCGAUGGCUUUGACUUUGGAGAUGACCCCAGUGACAAGUUCUACACAUCACACAACGGCAUGCAGUUCAGUACCUUUGACAAGGACAAUGAUAAGUAUGAUGGCAACUGCGCCCAGCAGGAUGGCUCUGGCUGGUGGAUGAACAGAUGUCACGCCGCACAUUUGAACGGCAAAUACUACCAGGGUGGCAGGUACACAGAAAAGGAUGCAGGUGAAUAUGGCUUCGACAACGGCAUCAUCUGGGUCACAUGGCACAACCGCUGGUACUCCCUGAAAGAGACCACCAUGAAGCUCAUUCCCCUCAGCCGCAUCGUAGCAGGCGGUGGACAGCAGGCAGGUGUGAAACAGUUUGCCGGACUUGGAGACGCAUAAAAAGCAGGCACAUGGGUUUUGUGGUCUUUAUUUACAACAACCCUGCAACCACAUUAGAUCAAAUAAAAUGCCUCCAAGGAAAAUUUCUGACUUCAUAAUGUGUCUCCAUGUGAUGUUUGCAUGCUGUGGUGAUGUGACCAUGCCGGACACUGAGAUUCACAUUUUCCUCUCCUUCUUCAGUGUUGUUUUGAACACUAAAUAAAUGUAUUUUCUCUACCAA